CCUAAUUGUCAGAGACCAGAGUCCUAGCCGUUUCGUUCUCUUAUUUUAUUAUCAUUUCAAUUUUUAAAAAAAAAAAAUAUUUCCUUCACUUUUAGCUACACAAACUCCAAAACCUCAAAAAUCAAGAGCUAUUUGACCCGAUAUGUCUUCCAACUCGCAGAAGGAAUCCACUGCUACUGGUGAGAAAUCGAAUUUGACAACGGAGGGCGAAAGCUCAAAACCUGAAACUUCCACGGGAGAGUCAAAACCAGUACAGGGUGGAGCUUCACCUGAUACCAUGCCUGGAAUGGGGUUCACCCCACCUAAUCCCUUCGAUUUCUCAGCUAUGAGUGGCCUUCUUAAUGAUCCAAGCAUCAAGGAACUAGCUGAGCAGAUAGCAAAAGACCCUUCGUUUAACCAAAUGGCUGAGCACCUCAGUAAAACUUUUCAAGGGGCAGCGGUUGAAGAGAGUAUUCCACAGUUUGAUCCACAGCAGUACUAUUCAACUAUGCAACAGGUUAUGCAAAAUCCCCAGUUUAUGAGCAUGGCUGAGCACCUUGGUAAUGCAUUAAUGCAGGAUCCAGCUAUGUCUAGCAUGCUUGACAGUUUGACAAAUCCUCAACACAAAGAUCAGAUUGAGGAAAGGAUGUCACGCAUUAAAGAAGAUCCAUCAUUGAAACAUAUCCUAGAAGAAAUAGAGACCGGCGGUCCUGCAGCAAUGAUGAGGUACUGGAAUGAUAAAGAGGUUCUGCAGAAGUUAGGUGAAGCAAUGGGUGUUGCUGGUUCAGGAGAUGCAGCCACCCCUGCUGGUAACUCUGCUGCAGAUGAAGGCGAUGUAGGAAAUGAGGAUGAGUCAGUUGUACACAAUUGUGCUAGUGUUGGUGAUGUUGAGGGUCUAAAAGCUGCACUAGAUUCUGGUGCUGACAAGGAUGAAGAAGAUUCAGAGGGAAGGACAGCAUUGCAUUUUGCCUGUGGAUACGGUGAGGUGAAAUGCGCUCAAAUCCUUCUUGAAGCUGGAGCAGCAGUGGAUGCUUUGGACAAGAACAAGAAUACUGCACUUCAUUAUGCAGCUGGCUAUGGACGGAAAGACUGCGUUGCCCUUCUACUGAAGAACGGCGCAGCUGUAACUCUCCAAAACAUGGACGGCAAGACUCCGAUCGAUGUUGCGAAGCUCAAUGAUCAGCACGAGGUAGUAAAGUUACUCGAGAAGGAUGCCUUUCUGUGAGCUGGGAAGUGGCGCUGGUAAGUAAGGGGUAUCGAUCAAAGCUCAACCCAUUUUAUCUUUUUACAGAUAUGCUAUUUAUAGAAUGGAUUGUUCAUGUGAAGAAUGAGACGAGAUAUACGAAUACUUAUUUGAAAAACCUGGUGAAGUUAAUGAAAAUAGAAUUAUGUAAUCACAAAUUUAUUUAAAGGGGACGACAUUGUUGGACGUGA